GCAGCGAGACACACACAGAACCGAGCUCCCACUUCGCUCCCCGCCUCCCCUCCCCGACAGCAGCGGCGGGGCUGGCCGGGCCCUGGAACGCACGUAGCCCCCUCCCCUGCCGCCGCCGCUCGCAUCCCGAGGCGCCAGCGACGGGCGCUUGCUCCAGGGCUGUCCCUGCUGCCCGCCUCCUCCUCCCGCACUCCCAGCCCUGGUUGCCGGCUGCUGCAGCCGCACCGCCCCAGGUCGCCGCUGCUCCCGCGUGUCCCUCCCCGGCCUCUGGAUAGAGGCGCAGGCAGCUCCCCCAAGCAGCACCCGGAGCGCUGCUCUCCUCCUGGCAGGAACAUGGCAGAUAAUCUAAGUGACGCCUUGAAGAAGCUGAAGAUAACAGCCAUUGAGAGCACAGCAGAUAGCUUGGAAGGAUGCUUGGAUUGCUUGCUGCAAGCCCUGGCUCAAAACAAUACCGAGACAAGCGAAAAAAUCCAAAAAAGUGGGAUUCUUCAGGUGUUUGCAAGUCUGUUGACUCCACAGUCUUCCUGCACGGCAAAAGUAGCUAACAUCAUAGCAGAAGUAGCCAAAAAUGAAUUUAUGCGGAACUCGUGUGUGGAUGCCGGGUUGAUCCCUCCACUGGUGCAGCUCUUAAACUGCAAAGACCAGGAAGUGUUGCUUCAGACAGGACGUGCCUUGGGCAAUAUAUGCUAUGAUAGCCAUGAGGGCAGGAGUGCAGUUGACCAUGCAGGUGGUGCACAGAUUGUAGUAGACCAUUUAAGGUUACUGUGCAGUAAAACAGAUCCAGCCAAUGAGAAGCUCUUGACUGUCUUUUGUGGCAUGCUGAUGAACUAUAGCAAUGAGAAUGAUACCCUGCAAUCUCAGCUUAUCAAUAUGGGUGUUAUCCCCACGUUAGUGAAAUUGUUGGGCAUUCAUUGCCAAAAUGCAGCUCUGACUGAAAUGUGCCUUGUUGCAUUUGGCAAUUUAGCAGAACUUGAAUCAAGCAAAGAGCAGUUUGCCUACACAAACAUUGCUGAAGAGAUUGUAAAACUAUUCAAGAAACAAAUAGAACAUGACAAAAAAGAGAUGAUUUUUGAAGUUUUGGCUCCUCUGGCAGAAAAUGAUAUCAUUAAACUGCAGCUCGUUGAAGCGGGCCUGGUCGAGUGUCUACUUGAGAUUGUCCAGAAGACUGUAGACAGUGACAAAGAGGAUGACAUAGCUGAACUUAAAACAGCCUCUGAUCUUAUGGUUUUACUACUACUCGGAGAUGAAUCCAUGCAAAAGUUAUUUGAAGGAGGAAAAGGCAGCGUCUUCCAAAGGGUACUUUCAUGGAUUCCUUCCAAUAACCAUCAGCUACAGCUUGCAGGAGCACUGGCUAUUGCAAAUUUUGCAAGAAAUGAUGGAAACUGCAUCCAUAUGGUGGAUAAUGGAAUAGUUCAAAAGCUGAUGGAUCUACUAGACAGACAUGUGGAAGAUGGAAAUGUAACUGUGCAGCAUGCAGCACUGAGUGCACUCAGAAACUUGGCUAUUCCUGUUGUAAAUAAGGCUAAGAUGCUAUCAGCUGGCGUUGCAGAAGCAGUACUGAAAUUUCUCAGAUCGGAGAUGCCCCCUGUUCAAUUCAAGCUGCUGGGAACGUUAAGAAUGUUAAUAGAUGCACAAGCAGAAGCUGCUGAACAGCUGGGAAAGAAUGUGAAAUUGGUUGAACGUUUGGUGGAAUGGUGUGAAGCCAAGGAUCAUGCAGGUGUGAUGGGGGAGUCAAACAGACUGCUUUCUGCACUUAUCCGACAUAGCAAAUCAAAAGAUGUAAUUAGGACCAUUGUUCAGAGCGGUGGCAUCAAGCAUUUAGCUACCAUGGCAACUAGCGAACAUGUAAUAAUGCAAAAUGAAGCUCUUAUUGCUCUGGCACUAAUAGCGGCAUUAGAAUUAGUCACUGCUGAAAAGGAUCUCGAAAAUGCUAAACUAGUCCAGAUUCUACACAGACUGCUCUCGGAUGAGAGGAGUGCUCCAGAAAUCAAAUACAACUCCAUGGUGUUGAUCUGUGCUCUCAUGGGAUCUGAACCCCUUCAUAAGGAAGUGCAGAACCUGGCAUUUUUAGAAGUUGUAUCAAAACUCCGCAGCCAUGAGAAUAAAACUGUUGCCCAGCAGGCCUCACUAACAGAGCAGAGACUCGCAGUAGAAAGCUGAGGAAGGUCUCCCAUUUCCAGACAGCAUUCCAUCAUGGAUUUCACCUUUGUCUUCUGUCCUGCUGCCGCUCGUGCUAUGUUUUCCACUGUAUCACUUGUGCAUGCGUGUAAUGUUCCCACACAAAUUGAUGAACUGCUGUAGGUACCUGUCCAAUAAGAUUUCCAAAAUCCAUAGGUGAUGUUAACAUAAACCAGUCUCCACCCAUAAAUGUUCUACUUGUAUUCUUGUUGCUUGGGCCAUAGAGUAGAAUGUGCAUGUUGUAGUCCUAUAAUGAUGUAAAAGUGGUACUACAUGAUGACACUUUCCUCACACCCCUAACUGCAUAAUAACGUACUGCUAAAUUAGGGACAAAUACAGGAGGCAGCACGUCCAAGCUAGAGUAUUGAUUAUAGGAUUAGAUAGUAAACCUAGCUCCAUUUUUGGUGCUUUGGAAACACAGGUAUGAAUGGAAUGUAUUGCUGCUCGUUCACUGGUCUUGCCUAGUAAUGUCAAACUCAUGGUACCUAGAGGUAACAAAUAAAAAUUCCAGUGCUCUCACAAUUAACCCUCUGGCUUGUCAUUAAUUCUGUAUUUAAAUACAAAAAGGACCAUACCGUGCAUGAUGAGAAGCACGUUUUAGUGAUGGGCCUAACACUCAGGGAAUCGAGGUCUUCAGUUUAAAGAAGAAAUACAAAGGAUACCAUUUUAAACUGUUGAAACCCAUUUUUCUCCCCUCCUCAUUAGUGUGUACUCUGCAGGGGAUGUCGUGUGGCUUAGUAAAGGGAUUCUGGGCGUUGGCCCUAGCAUUUAUGCCAAUGUACAAUCCUUUUCUGCAUCCCACCAUCUCCCACAAUUCUGCUACACACCUCCUGUGUGCACUUUCAGAGGCAAUUCAAGGCUGCAGCACAGCCCAUGCUGGCCCUACCCCCUUUGCUCCAGCUUGCCGCCAGCUCUUCUGCCUCUGCAGCAGCUCUCCAUCACCAUUCUCUACUCCCAACCUUUCCAUUGCCCUUUCUCAUUUUCAGGAAGAAGCAAGUAGCUUCGGUUUCUCCUCCUCCUGGACUGGAUAUUCAGCAGCACUGUGGCGUCUCCCUGAUGAGCUCCUCGGCCCUCUUUUAGGGAUGGCAGAGCAGGGCGAAGCCCGAAUAGCGUUCCCUCUGCAAGAGGUUUUUAACAGGAUCCACAGAAGGCAAAAUUAUGCCCUACCUGUUCUCAACCAGCUGACCCUCAUGGGCAGGGCAUGGAGAUUUUAGUCAAACAGUCACAUUGGGACCUCUAGCCUCCAACAAGCUGUGAGCCCACCACAAGAAAGCCCGACCAGGAAACAGCCAAACUGGGAGAAGCUCUAAGGAUGAGGAGGAUCUCAGUCAGCAAUUCAGGACCAUAAGGAUAAGUCCCUAGCAGGGCACCUGGUCCUGGCCCAAAGCCCUGAAGUUGAUUGCAAGUGCUCUGGGGAAAGAAGCAGGGCCCAGGAUCAGUUUUGGUCCCCCCCACACACUCCCUUCCCACCCUUCCAUCUUGAGUCAGGAAACUCUGGCAGUGAGUCCCCAUCCUGGGAGGACUGAGAGCCUAUGGGAGAGGACUCCAAGGGAGAAAUUUUCAAAAGGCUCCAGGCCUUUCACAAGACCAGCCCCAAAAGGCCCAUCUUAUGGCAUAGCCGGGUAAGCCAGGCUUGCAAAACAUGCAAAAAAAUUUUUAAAAAAAGGCUAAGAAAAAGCCCCAAAGGUAUUAGUCCUCUGACUCAAGACACUUCCUCUUCUGCUGUGGAAGGAAAGCUAUCAGACUCUGAUUCUGAGAAGGACAUGGACAAAACAUAACAAAGGUUGGAUCACCCUGAGGUGCAAGAGAUGGAUGCUGUGGUUCCUUUCUCCAGGGCUCCAGAUUCUCUGUGCCAUUCUGGGUUGCAGAUGUGUACAUCAUCCCCUCAAGAUGGUGGUGGUGGUGGUGAGAACCUGUCUGGCAAACAUACGGAAAGACCCCUACAAACAUCUUCCUGGGCUGUUCACCAUCUCAGGGAGUCAAGGACCUGUCUUGGGACAUGUCUUGAAGUGUCUAGUUCCUGGGGAUAAUGCCAUGUGUGUCCCUGGGCCAUUGAGCUGGAUGCUCUG